CUCCUCAUUUCGGAGACGACAACAGCCUUGUUGUUUCUGCUUGGUUACAAAAUGGCGUUGAGCGAUCUUUUGGAUUCUCUCGCCAAACCGAAUCCCACCUUUCCCGACGGAGACGAGGACUUUGGGGACAAUACGACAGCGCAGCUCAGCGUCCACGGAACAGAAGAUGAUGCGAAAGAUGGCGAUCAGAUACAGAAGUCAACAAAGCUGAAGAGACAAGCUGCUUCACUGUUAUCCGACACAGAUACAAGGUAUGCUGGGCGGAAGACUACGAGGAAAGACCUGAUGCAGGAUUCUGGAAAAGGUGACAGUGAAGAUGGCGUGUCGUCACAUGACAAUGAUGAUGAUGAUGAAGAUGGUGAAGAAGAUGAUGAUGAUGCUGAAGAUGGUGAAGAAGAUGAUGAUGAUAGUAAUGAUGGUGAUGAAGAUAUUGCAGGCUUCCGUCAACUCCUACAGAAGAAAUCUCUCGGAAGCGAUGGCUUAAAACAGUCAAGUGAAAUAGAAGAUGAUGAUGGUGAUGAUGAUGAUGAUGCGAUGGCAGAAGAUAUGGAUGGCAAUGAUGGUGAUGACGAUGAUGACGAUGAUGAAGGUGAUGAUGGCGACAGUGGCAGUGACGCCAGUGGUGAUGGUGACUCUGAUAAAGAUGCUGAGUCAGAGGAACCUGCUGGGCAGAAAGAAUCGAUGGACAUUGAAGACCCAGGGGUCAACAUGAUGAAACAGCUCUCAAAUAUGUCCAGUGACAAACAGAAAGGUCUUGCUGUCCAAACACAACUUGGACUUUUGGAUAAUCUGUUGGAAGGUCGAAUUAAAUUACAGAGGGCAGUGUCGUUUGUUAACCAAAUCCCUCAACCCUCUACCUGGCACCAUUUCCAGGCCCUUGGCAAGGAUAAGUAUACCUCGGCUGUACAUUCAGUUCAAAACCAGUUGUGUCAUCUUCUCAACACACUGAUUCAUCUACAGACGUCUCUCCUUCUGAAGGACACACAGACAAGGCAUAUUGUCACUGGGGAAGAGAUGUCAAAAGACGGGGACAGCAAGAAUGACGACAUUGAAGAUGAAGAUGAUGAGGAAAUUCCUAGCGAUGACGAAGGGGAAGUUACAGUCAACCCACAAUCCUCUGUUACAGUUGACUGCAAAGUGAAGAAAAGGAAGUUGUUGCCUCCACAAAUCCGGGGAUUCCUUGCUAAAAGGGCACGUAAAUUUGAAACCUGUCGUAAUGCUGUGAUACAGAAAUGGGACACCAAGACCAGACUCGCCUCAGGGAAACUCAACAAAAAGUCUUUCAGUGCACUGGAGCAGUCUGCUUUAAAACAGAUUGAACAGGUUUUAUAUGACAGAGAACGGCUCAUAAAACGCACCCAGAUUCAGCGGUCAUCAUACAAGAUCUAUGGUCAGCCUGAGAAGGAAGAGUCCAUCACAGAUGACAGGGAUGAUCCUGUGGCUGUCAGCAAAGAAGAGCAGGACAAGAACACCCGAGAGACGGAGAUCUUUGAUGACUCCGACUUUUACCAUUUGUUACUUCAAGACUUCAUUCGCAAGAAAUCAAUGAUUGGAAAUGAUGCAAGUUCGGUUAACAGGCAAUACCAAGAGAUUCAACAACUCCGUGACAAGAAGAAAAGGAAUGUUGACCCAAGGGCUAGCAAGGGGAGAAAGCUCAGGUAUGAUGUACAUAAAAAACUCGUUAACUUCAUGGGACCUAUUGAUCAGUCGAGCUGGACAGAUGAAGCAAGGUGAGUUUGUGUUUGAUUUUGUUGACAAGAUCGUAAGAGCGUC